AUGAACCUUUCAAAUCUGAUGGUCAAGCAAGAAGAAGAAAGUCGUGUCAGACAUUUAUCAGGGCAUUCUGGGUCUAGGUCCCAUUCAUCACAGGAAGGUCUUUUAUUUGUGGGACUCCAGCAUGGGGCUAAGCAAGAAGUUUCUUAUAGUCGCUUCUUGGUGGCAUCAAACAAAAGGAAUGUUAAGAGGACAUUAGCUGAGCACAAGGACCAAAUAUCUAGCAGUAAGGCUUAUAAGGGUCCAUGUGUGCUGCAUGACACCCCUCCCCAACACCUGUGGCACCACCAUAGUAACCAGUGGCAGUGGCACUGUCACCUGGAGACAGUACAAGAAGACUUUAGUGACGCUUAUCACGCCAACAAACUGGAUGACCCAGAGCUACAGUCUGGAAGUUAUAGGACAGAGUUAACAUUUAAAUCCUACCUGGAUGGUUCUAAUUUGUCUCAACGUUCUACAUCUAUUAUAGACUAUGUCAAGCCAUCUAUUAAAAAAGAAUUCAAUGAGAAGUUCAAAGAUAGGUUUCCUAAUGUACAGCUAAUGCUCUCUAAACUAAGAAGCUUAAAAAGAGAACUAUAUCAAAUUUCCCAUGUCAAGUGUUUUGUAGACUUGUGGACAGUAGCACAGUCUUAUGUAUUUUUUUUAAAAAAUAAUUUUAAAGCAACUAAACAAAAUCGUAAACUUUGUGCUGGUGCAUGUUUACUGUUGUCAAGCAAAUUGAAUGAUGUUAAAGGAACAACAUUGACCAAACUUAUUGAGCAAGUGGUUGAUGAUUUUCGUGUAAGCAGAAAAGAGCUGUUACAAUAUGAGAUAGAGUGUCUUGUAGCCAUAGAAUUCUACCUGCAUAUUCCAGACACAGAGAUCUACCCUCAUUACCAGAGGCUGCUGUAUAGGUCUUAACAGGAUGAUUGGUCACUGUAUGGCUUCCCAGCCGCCCAGUCUUUGCAUGUCUUUCAAGAUGUUUUCAAGAUGUAUACAAGAUUAAGGCUAAAUAAUGGUCAAACGCUUGAACUUGUACUAAAGCUAUAUUAAAAAAAUUGUUUCUAGGCUUGUGGUUGUACAAAAGAUAAGCCAAAAACUCUUUGACGAUUGUAUAAAAUUUAAGUCAGAAUGAUGUUCAAAGGCUGUGAGUUGUUUGAGAGAUAGCUAAAAAGAGGUGGAUUGUUCAUAAGUUUAGCCAAAAUAUAUUCAAAAGCUUGUGGAUUAUUAAGAUAACAUUUUUACAGUGCUUGUUGUUUGUUAAAAAAAUAUCCCCAAAAAAUGUUCAUAUUAAUCAUGUUUUUUUUUUAAAUUUUGUAACAUAAGUGUACAUAUACAUAUCAAAACGUCAUACAGAAAUACAAAUGAUCUCAUUCAAGUUUUAAAAUGAAAAUGGACCGGUAAAAUGAACUUUGUUGGUUGAAUAUAUAGUAGCUCUACAUUGACAUCUAUUUUUUCACAAUCAAAACAUGACAAUGCUUUUUUUAGCAUUUCAAAUUUCCCAAGAUAAAUUCCAUCUAUUUAAUUCAAUAAUU